GUAUUGUAUCUAUAUAAAGUGGGGUUCCCAUGCAUCAACCAUCACAGACUCAUUCAGUAUUAUUUGUGCUAAGCAACUAACUCAAGCAACCCGCCCUUCUUCUUUCCCUCAUCACCAGCCAGUUUUUGCAGAUCGUUAAUACCAUAAGAAACUUUUUGUACAAUUAAGUGAUCAAGGGAAGAUGUGGAGGAUUAAGUAUGGAGAGGGGGCAAAUGACCCCUUGUUGUUCAGCACAAACAACUUCCAUGGAAGGCAGACAUGGGAGUUUGACCCAGAUGCAGGUACCCCUGAAGAGAGAGCAGAGGUUGAAGAAGCUCGUGAAAAUUUCUACAGAAACCGCUUCAAGGUUCAGCCCAGCAGUGAUCUCCUCUGGCGUUUUCAGAUGCUAAGAGAGAGAAACUUCAAACAAGAAAUUCCACCAGUAAGAAUUGGGGAGGGUGAGGAAAUCACAUAUGAUCAGGCCACCGCUGCAUACAGGAGGGCUGCUACCUUUUGGAAUGCCUUGCAAUCACCUCAUGGACAUUGGCCUGCUGAAAAUGCUGGCCCAAACUUUUACUUUCCACCCCUGGUCAUGGCUGCAUACAUUCCUGGAUAUCUUAAUGUUAUUUUCACACCUGAGCAUAAGAAGGAAAUCUUGCGUUAUACAUACAACCAUCAGAAUGAAGAUGGUGGGUGGGGAUUGCACAUAGCAGGGCCUAGUAUGAUGUUCACCACAUGUCUUAACUACUGUAUGAUGCGUAUACUCGGAGAUGGCCCCGAUGGCGGUCGUGACAACGCAUGCGAAAGGGCACGAAAGUGGAUUCUUGACCGUGGGGGUGCAUACUAUUCUGCAUCAUGGGGAAAAACUUGGAUGGCGAUCCUUGGUGUGUACGAUUGGGAAGGCAGCAACCCCAUGCCCCCGGAGUUUUGGACUUACCCUACUCUGCUUCCUUUUCAUCCAUCAAAAAUGUUCUGCUACUGCAGGUUGACUUACCUACCUAUGUCUUACUUUUAUGCCACAAGAUUUGUUGGUCCAAUCACUCCUCUUGUUGAAGAAUUGAGACAAGAAAUUUACUGUGAACCGUACAGCGAAAUUAACUGGAGUACAGUGCGCCAUUCGUGUGCAAAGGAAGAUAACUACUAUCCCCAUGGCAGGGUUCAACGUUUUAUGUGGGACAGUCUUUACACAGUUGCUGAGCCUCUUCUUAAGAUCUGGCCCUUCAAGAAGAUCAGAGACAAUGCUAUUCAAUUUACAAUUGACCAAAUUCAUUAUGAAGAUGAGAACAGUCGCUAUAUUACGAUCGGAUGCGUGGAGAAGCCAUUGAUGAUGCUUGCUUGCUGGGCCGAGGAUCCUAGUGGAGAAGCUUUUAAGAAGCAUAUUCCUAGAGUUACAGAUUAUAUAUGGCUUGGAGAGGAUGGAAUCUGUUCCAAGUGUCAAUAUACUGUUAUAUUGAUGAUGGUUGGAUUAGAUCUGUAUGAUUUGUUAAAUCUAUCUUAUUUUCAGCUAAUCAACCCUGCCGAAACUUUUGGUGACAUUGUUAUCGAUUAUCCAUAUGUGGAAUGCACCUCAGCAGCAAUUCAAGCACUUGCAAUGUUCGGAAAAUUAUAUCCUGGACAUAGGAGGGAGGAAAUAGAAAGCUGUAUUGCUCGUGCGGCAAAGUUCAUUGAAAAGAUACAAGCAACAGAUGGCUCUUGGUACGGUUCCUGGGGAGUAUGCUUCACCUAUGCUGGGUGGUUUGGGAUAAAGGGGUUGGCUGCUGCUGGAAGGACAUAUAAUGACUGCUCUAGUAUCCGUAAAGCAUGUGAUUUUUUGUUAUCCAAAGAGCUUCCUUCAGGUGGAUGGGGAGAAAGCUAUCUGUCAUGUCAGAACAAGGUGUAUACAAAUCUCAAAGACAAUAGGUCACAUAUAGUCCAUACUGCAUGGGCUAUGUUGGCCCUCAUUGGUGCUGGACAGGCUAAGAGAGACCCAACUCCAUUGCACCGUGCAGCUAGAGUACUUAUAAACUCUCAAAUGGAAAUUGGAGAUUUUCCUCAAAAGGAGAUCACGGGAGUUUUCAACAAGAACUGCAUGAUCAGCUAUUCAGCCUACCGAAACAUUUUUCCCAUUUGGGCCCUUGGAGAAUAUCGUUGUCAGGUAUUGGAGGCCCUCUGAAUGAUGUUCAAUGCUUAGUAUUCCAGAAAAUGAAUUGUUUUCAUCAACAUGUAUGAGGGCUCCUUGAACUCAGCUCAAAUCAAUGUACUUCAUAAAUUAAUGUUUAUCAAUUUACAACAUGUCUUUGAUCA